AGUGGUUGAUAUUUGCUUUGUGUGCGCGUCAGAAAAGAGGAAAAUUUGUGCUAAAAUACGAAAAUAAGUAGAAACCUGUUUGCAUUUUAAGGAAUCGCAAAGAUCAACUGUGAAAACAAGAAUAAAAAAAUUUUUGAAUAUUCACGAAAAUCGAGCAAUUUUUAAGUUUUUACAUACCACAAAUGAUUAUGAACAAAUUUUCCGUUUCGGGUUUAAUGACCUUGAAGUCUAUAGCACUUGUAUGGAUAUUUCUGGUAAUUUCCAUAACCAUAAGUGAAGGCAAACGCACUGUCGGUAGCGGACGUCGUAAAAGUUCAAGCAGUGGAUAUAGUACUCGCCGUCAACCUAGUACAAGUGUCACCAAGCCUAGCUAUAGUGAUAAUUCUCAUGCUGAUCAAGCUAAAUUAAGUUAUCCUAAUUAUAAUUCUCAACCUAACCGUCCGGCAAGUGCUCCAAGCCAGAAUUCUCCUCCCAUUGGAUGGAAUGUACCAAAUCAACAAGGACAUGCUGGACCUCCACCCGCAUAUUCGUCUAGUAAUGUAGCUGGAGGAGCUAAGACAAAUAUUUACGAGCAACCCCCGAUUUAUCAAAAACAAAACAAUGCUCCACCUCCGCCUAAUUAUAGCCAGGCUACAGGUACCCAUUUAGGGCCGGGUGCUACUUAUUACUCGCAAGGCAAUGUGCCACACGGCGCUAGUUAUUAUCCAGUUAAUCCUCAUAUACCGAGCGGUGGAUAUUCUGCUGGCAGCAAUUCCUAUUAUCCACAUGGAAUGCCAGCUGGUGGCAAUUACUAUGGCGGUGUGCCUGCCGGAGCUACCCUCUUACAACCCGGUGCUCCAUUGCCAGCUGGAGCCACUUAUUAUGCUACGUCACCUCAACAAAGUUCAUCGGGACCGGGUUUCGGUACUGGGUUAGUAGCCGGUGCUUUAGGUGGCGCUCUUUUGGGUCAUGCUCUUACGCCUACCCAAACCCGUGUGGAACAUGCUCCUGCUCCAAGUGACGGUAAUGCAGGUGGAGAUCGUAUCAUAAUAAUCAAUAACGGGCAACCAGUAAAUGCAACCGAUGUUAAUGGUGCAACAGUCGUAAAUGCAGCUGGUCAACCGGCUGCAACAGUACCCCAAGCUAAUGCAGAAAAUCCAGCUCCUUUGGCACCAGAGCAAAACAUGACAGCUGCACCGGCUGAGCAACCAGCUCCUGGUGGCAUUAUAUGUGUGCCGAUGCGAAUCAAUGAAACCGAUCCCAAUGAUUCUACGAAAAUGGUAGAAGUUGAAAAAAUUGCUUGCUAUCCAGCCCCCCCGCCGCAGCCUCAAUCAGCACCAGUAGACGGUAGCGUCGUCAAUCCUGCAAUGCCACCGGUUGAGGGAUCUGCCCCAUUGGCCCCUUUGCAGCAAUCACCUACUCAGGCUACACUAAUUGCCGAACAAUCAAAUAUGCAGACCGCUUCCAAGGGCGGCACUUUCCAACAAAACUUAUUAAGCUUAGUUGCGACCUCAUUAUUAAGCUAUGCAGUUGCUUAUAUCAUUAAUUAAACAUUGUAUAAAAGCGAAUAUGCUAUGGUGGAUGUCAGAAAAUUUAUUAUUUGAAAACUUUAUUAAGCACCUUAUAAGUAGAAUUAGGACCAUAUACAGAAAUUAAAAUACCUCUAAAUGAAAAAUUAACCUCGAAUAUUAUCGAAAGCUUUACAUGUAUUUCUAAUAUUAUUUUAAAAAUUUAAUAAUUUGUGACUUGCUUCUUCUUUAAGUUAUAAUUUUAUAUAU